UUUGCUCACUGAGAGCAGAACUUGACUUUUUGGAAAUUAUCUUUUACUCACUGAGAAAUGCAGGAAGCUUGAACAUGAAACUCAUCAAAACACACACACACACACACACACACACACACACACUCACACACACACCCCCAAGAAACCACAGGGCCUAUCGGCCUGUCGUCAUCGAGCAGACUAGAAUAGUGCAGAAACUCUAGGCAGAGAGGAAAUGAACUUGAAAGAAGGGGGAACACAGGGCAGAGAGGAGAGAAAGAGGGCGGGAGCGGUAGGAGAUUGCUGAGGGGCCCGCGAUGGUGGGAGGAUGGAAGAAGUGGCUGUGAAGCAGGGCUUCCUGUACCUUCAGCUGCAGCAGACCUUUGUAAAGAAAUGGCGCCGGUUUGGGGCUGUGCUGUACCGAGAGUCGGGCUACUCCCUGGCCCGGCUGGAGCUGCAGGAAGGCCCGGAGAAGCCGCGGCGGGGAGAGGCCUCCAGGAAGGUCAUCCGCCUCAGUGACUGCCUGCGUGUGGCUGAGGCUGGUGGGGAAGCCAGCAGCCCCCGGGACACCAGCCCCUUCUUCCUGGAGACCAAGGAGCGCCAGUAUCUGUUGGCGGCCCCCGCCGCAGAGCGCAGUGACUGGAUUCAGGCCAUCUGCCUCCUGGCCUUUCCUGGCCAGAGGAAUGAGCUGGAGGGGAAGGGCAGCAGGCCCUGCAUGGCAGAGAAUGAGUUGUACAGCAGCACGACCACAGUGGUUUCCCGAAAGGAGUUUUCUGUGACCAUAAGGCUCACCGAAGCAAGUGAGCGGUGCCGGCUGCGGGGAGCCUAUACCCUCCGAGCUGGGGAGAGUGCCCUGGAGCUGUGGGGUGGCCCAGAGCCCCUCACCAAGCAAUAUGAAUGGCCCUACAGGUUCCUGAGGCGCUUUGGGCGGGACAAGGUCACCUUUUCCUUUGAGGCAGGCCGGCGCUGCACCUCUGGAGAGGGCAACUUUGAGUUCGAAACCCGGCAAGGCAAUGAGAUCUUCUUGGCCCUAGAAGAGGCCAUCUCUGCUCAGAAGAACUCGGCUCCUCCUGGACCCCAAGCCCAGCCAGCCACAGUCCCAGGGGUGCUGUCCCGACCUGAGAGUCCCUACUCCCGGCCCCAUGAUUCACUGCCACCACCACCUUCACCCACUGCCCCAGUGGCUGCCCUCCGGCCUCGGGGCCCAGAGGGAGAGUAUGCGGUGCCCUUCGAUGCAGUAGCCCGUAACCUGGGGAAGAGCUUGAGGGGUAUGCUGGGUGUCCCUCGCCAAAGCCCAGUUGACCCUCUGUAUGACAGCAUUGAGGAGCACCCACCCCCAAGGCCUGAACACAUAUACGAUGAGCCUGAGGGAGUGGCCUCCCUGGCCCUCUAUGACAGACCCCAGGAGCCCCGAGGUGAGGCCUGGAGGAGGCAGGCCACGGAUGAUGGGGACCCCAGCGGCCUCCAGCGUGUCUACCCAGCAGGGCAGGACUUCUCAGCCUCUGACUGGUCGCAGGGAACUGAGUAUGACAAUAUCAUACUUAAGAGAGGCCCAAAGUGAUUGAGGCAGGGAGAUGUGGACCGUGUCAAAUGCUGGCCCUGAAGUGGUCCUGUGCACCUGGGAGGAGGUUAGAUGCUGGUCAGGAGGAGGGACACAUCAGUCAUCCCCUUUUAGCUCCUUCUGGUGACUCCUCCUGGCUACUGUACCCCAAGCACCUCCCCCUGCUCUUUGGGGAACCCCAGGAUUAGCUGGCCUUAGCCUGGUCUGAGAAAUUGUCCUUCCCAGGGCUUGUGAGUCACCCUCUGAAGCAGGAAGGUUGCCCCAAAGAGACCCUCCCUCCUCCUACUCCCUUUCCACUUCCUCUUCUUCCGGGGGCCUAAGGGGAACCUCAGGCGUUUAGGGGAGAGGACAAAAUGAUGUCAGCAAAUCACCCUGGUUCCCAGGCUUGUGCAGGCUUCCUGCCUCCUGGCUCCAGGCACAUGAAAAAGUGGCUGCAGCUUUUGCAGGUUUGGGACUUCUC